AUGGAAGCAGACAGCUUCGGACUCAACAUAUCCUCCCCCAACGACAGAGAUUCGGACUUGGAGGCUGAUGGUGAAUGGGAAGAUGUCGUACCGAAAUCUGAGAAGAUGGAAGAACACUUUGCAUACGUGCAGGCAGCCACUUCACUCCAGCACGUACGCCAGCACUUGACAUCACAAUUCGAAAGCCUAUUCUUCAAAUACUUAGCCAUUCGACAUACCGUCGGAAGUUGUGACAAGCAUCAUGUGCAUCCUGAGGAUGAGGAAGUUAGCGAGAUACUUUUUCGCUUACUGAGUACAUCUCUUAAUGCCCUUGGCACGAAUAAGAAGAGAAACUUCAACAGCCCAAAGCACUGGAAGAUCCGGGGACUCGAGAUCCUGUACCCGAAACCGACAUCUCGCAACGCGACUUUGUUUCUUGGGAAAUGGUCUCUUGAACAUGGGAUUCGACUACGACCCGAUAGCCGUCGACACAGUAGAUAG